CAGUUCAAGUUUAGCUAAAAUACGUUCGAUGCCUCGUUCGUGUUUCUGAUGCGGCGACGCCUCUUGUUCUCAGCAAGUGCUAAUCAUCGAAAGGCUGGGGGUUGUGCGGAAUGGCAUCUGUAUCCAUUCAGCCACAGUUCCGUCUCACCCAAACCCCAUCUAAGGUGCUGCACUUGAGAAACUUGCCAUGGGAGUGUACUGAGGAGGAAUUGAUUGAGCUUGGGAAGCCCUUUGGUAAAGUUGUCAACACAAAGUGCAAUGUUGGAGCGAACCGAAAUCAAGCUUUUAUAGAAUUUGCUGAUUUAAAUCAAGCUAUUGCAAUGAUAUCAUAUUAUGCUUCAUCAUCAGAGCCUGCUCAGGUACGGGGGAAGACAGUUUACCUGCAGUAUUCUAAUAGGCAAGAGAUAGUCAACAACAAGACAACAGCUGAUGUUGCUGGAAACGUUUUGUUGGUAACCAUUGAAGGUGCAGAUGCACGCCUUGUCAGCAUUGAUGUUUUGCACCUGGUGUUUUCUGCCUUUGGGUUUGUGCAUAAGAUUACUACCUUUGAGAAAACGGCUGGGUUCCAGGCUUUGGUUCAGUUUUCUGAUGCAGAAACUGCCUCUUCUGCAAAAAAUGCCCUGGAUGGAAGAAACAUCCCUAGGUAUCUGUUUCCUGAGCAUAUUGGACCAUGUACCCUUAGGAUCAAUUACUCUGCUCAUACAGAUUUGAGUGUAAAAUUUCAGAGCCACCGGAGCAGGGACUACACUAAUCCAAACCUUCCUGUCGCACCAUCAGCUAUAGAUGGAGGUGGUCUGUUAAGUGUAGGUCUUGAUGGGAAAAAAUUAGAACCUGAGAGUAAUGUCCUUCUGGCAUCAAUUGAGAACAUGCAAUAUGCUGUCACCUUGGAUGUUCUGCACAUGGUUUUUGCUGCUUUUGGACCUGUGCAGAAGAUUGCAAUGUUUGAUAAGAAUGGCGGACUUCACGCUUUGAUUCAAUACCCUGAUGUUCAGACAGCUAUUGUAGCCAAGGAAGCAUUGGAAGGACACUGCAUCUAUGAUGGAGGGUUUUGUAAACUUCACAUCACAUAUUCUCGCCAUAACGAUCUUAGUAUAAAGGUUAAUAAUGAUCGGAGUAGAGACUAUACAAUUCCUAUUACCUCCAUGUUGAACCCUGGGCCUUCUAUUCUGGGGCAACAGCCUGUUCCUACAGUUGGCCCCCCUGCUCAUCCAUACAGUGGAACUCAGUUUGCUUCUCCUCCAGACCAUCCAGUGAUGCCUCAGCCUUCAGCUGGGUGGGCUGCAGCUGUUCCAGUAGCACCCCAUUCUAUGCCUGCGCAGAUGAAUAAUCAUCCUUACUUGCCACCUGGAUCUGUGCCACCCCAAAUGGGCCCUGGAAUGAUGCAGAUGCCAGGCCAUAGUGGCCUACCACAGGGUGCUGCAAUGCCACCAUCUUAUAGACCUGGCCAAACGCAAUAGGUUGUGGUCUAUAUAGUAGUUUUACUUAUCGGUUCCAUGUUCAACAAUCUGCAGAAUGGAUUUGUGCGGAUUUUGCAUUUGAAGAAGGGGGAGUGCCCCUCUACAACCCAUUCUAUCUGUGAAGAUCUCAAAUUUGAAUGCUGAAGUGAUUUAAAUAUUUCUUUCACCAAUUUUGGAGAUGAGAUUCUGAAAACAAAAGGUUGAGCGCCUUUUGUAGGCCCAGCACUAUUGUGAACCCUGGCUGUAUUUAAUUGGUAUUAUGAAAUUUCAAAAUACUCGCAUUUUGCUUCA